CAAGCCGUCAUUGUACCAAAGCGUCUCGCAGGAGCCAGCUCUCAGUUCUUCUCAUGGAAGAUAUACACCCAGGUUCGGCUACUUCAGAUGACCCCCUUGAUAUAAGCGAGUCUUUGGUCCCGGCAAGAGAAAUCAAGCAAGCGGGGCAGAGCUAUGUUUCCUUUGAUGGUCUCUUACAACGGCCAUUACUUCUCAAGGAGGAUUUGAAAGAAGGAUGUGGUGGCCAGUUGUGGCCUGCCGGCAUGGUCCUGGCCAAAUAUAUGCUUCGUCAGCACCGUUUCAGUCUGGCUGAUAAGACAAUUCUUGAGCUUGGAGCUGGAGGCGGGCUUGUUGGGUUAGCGGUUGCCUCUGGAUGCGAAGUUGGCCCACCUCAAAUAUAUAUUACCGACCAAGUGCCAAUGCUUCCCCUUAUGAAAUCGAAUAUCGCGCUUAAUAACCUCUCCCGGAAAGUGAAAGCCGCGGUCUUAGAUUGGGGCACUACCCUUUCAGACGAGAUCCCCCGGCGUCCCGAUGUUAUCCUCGCCGCUGAUUGUGUGUAUUUUGAGCCUGCCUUUCCACUCUUGAUAUCGACACUGCGCGAUCUUUUGGGUCCUGAUUCCGUCUGCUAUUUCUGUUUCAAGAAACGUAGAAGGGCAGACCUUCGGUUCUUAAAGCUAGCAAAGAGAGCAUUUCAGGUCACCGAGAUCGAUGAUGACCCUGAAGCCGGAACAUACAAGCGCGAAAAUAUCAACCUGUACACAAUACGAUCAAAGCCCGGUACAGGGCAUCAUUGUAUCGACGGGCGCGACACUGCUUAA